UUCCAGAAUUGCAAUGACCGAUAAAGGGAAUAUGAUAUCAAAAAAUGUUGCAAAACUAGUAGAUUCUUGCAUGUUUUGGAACAGAGCAUAUAUAUGUUGGAAGUUUUUUCUAUCAGAACACACACGUUACUAGAAAUUGUAAACUACGCGGCGUCAAAUAGGUGAUUGCAACACUACUAUUGCUGACAACUUGAAAAUUUACUUCGCCGUCGAUAUGUUUGUUACGGCUCUGGCUAGAAUGACGGGUGACGAAUCAGCUGUUGUUAAUUUACGGAACGAGGACUGUUUAUGUAAAAAAGAAUCAAUUGGCUCAAAUGGCACUUAUCCAAAAGUGGAAUGCGCUGAAACGCAACAAAUCCUUUAAAUAUGGCAUUCCGUUUCUUGUGUUAAUGGUGGGUGGUUCUUUUGGUCUACAGGAGUUCACAAAAUUAAGAUACCAGUUCUCCAAACAGAAAACCAUAACUCCUGACGAAAUGGAACAGCAUGGUGUAAAAAUGAAAAAACCGGAAGAAGUCACAAUAGAAAAGGUCUAUGAAACAGUAAAGGAUUUAAAUAUAGAGGAUUGGGAGAACAAGAGAGGACCAAGACCAUGGGAAGAAAACUAAAUAGAAAUUGCUUCAUAUAUUUUAAUAUUUUUACUUUGUAAUUUAUUGUGUUUCUUGGAAGAGUUAAACAAUGUCAUUUUAAGUAUA